AAAAGGAAGAUAUAAGUGAAAUUAAACACCCACCUAACAUGAUAACGACGAAGCAACAGGAACAGUUGGAUAAUUUUCUAAAGGAGCAUAAGACUCUCUUUUCGCAAGGACUACACGACUUGGGGCAUACAAAUGUAGAUAAGUAUCAAAUUAUUACCGAACACGUACCUCCCAUACAUCAGAAGGCUUACCAAAUGUCUUCCGCGGAACAUGAAUUCAUCCAACAAGAAUUACAGUCGAUGCUUCAACAUGGGUUAAUAGCACCACAAGAAGCCGUACUGCCCAUAGAACUGCAAGAAAGUAACCAAAAAGACAACCCAGACCAUCUAUACGACCUACAAGUUCAAAGCCACAUUGACUAUAUUACAGAAAGGUUACAACAAGUACAAAUAGAGGCAAGCGAAAAUAUCAAACUAGGCCAGAAGAAACAAAAAGAGAGAUACAACAAGCAAGUAAAGGAUACAAAGUUCCAUAUCGGGGAUAAAGUACUGCUGUACAGAUCUGCAGAAGCUAAGGUGCAUGGGGACAAGUUUCGAGAAAAAUGGAAAGGUCUCUAUUAUAUCCACAACCUAACAGCACCAGGCGUCUAUAAGCUUCGUACCACUAAUUCUGCCAGGCUAAGUGGCUGGAAUACGUGGAGAGUAACGGCCUCAGGUGUGAAUAGCGAUUGUAUUGAGGAGCCAAAUGAGUUCUGGAGAUAUUCAGAGGAAAUCCAGAACAAAUAUACCGAACUUGGAAAAUAUCCCUACACUUUUUGGACAGUCUCACCGAUGAAGACUACAAUAACAGCUUCAGAAUCACAUAUAGAGGUUAAUGAAACUAAUAUUGAAGGCAUAUAUUUGAAACAUUCAAAACAUAAAGCUAUAUAUAAAGAAGAACAAGUUUUGAAUCAGCUUGAAUAUUAUAAAGAUGCUUCAGUAUUGCUUACAGAAUUUGUUAAGAAACUAGUGAAGCAGUUGGCAAAUGUAAAACAGUUGUUAGGACUACUUGCACAUUGA